ACCUUGCGGUGCCGAUCCAGACCACCCGCCCUCUACGUUGGAGCGCAGUGGUCGUCCUGGAAGCUCCGUCAUCACUCUCCUGUUUGUAUCUUGUUUCUCUAGGUCUCGUGGCUUCCCCUUUCUUGGGUCGGCAGAUGGACGGAAGCUCUGCUUCAGGCUGUGGCAGCUGGGGAUCCGCGGGGCUGGGCUGGGCUGGUGUGAGUGGCUCUACUGUAAGCGGCACACCGUGUAGACUCAGUUCCUGGCUCAGACGAUCGUCAUUGCUGUUGCAUGGAGAAUGGACUGAAGUGAACAGGGAGGGAAGCCGGGAGGCCAUUCGGGAGCCUGGGUGAGAGGUGACAGCAGCCUGGACAGGGGAGGUGACAGAAGUCACAGGAGGAUCUAGACCCAAUGCUGGUCAGUGUGGCUGACAAGCCAUGUGUGGCUAUCGAGCCCUUGAAAUAUUCAAGCUCUGAAAGUCGUAACAGAGGGACAGCUUCCUGCCCCAGGAUGAACAUUUACAGGAAUUCAGAGGAAAAUGUUUUCGUGGUCGUAUUAAAAACGCAGCGUCAGAUGUCCUUAGCGUCACAUGGGGCCUCCCCGAUUGUGACGGAAAAGGAGGCCAAACAGCUUCUGCGGUCCAGGCGCCAGGACAGGGACAGGCCAAGCAAACCUGGGUUCCCCGACGAGCCCAUGCGGGAUGAAGGUCAAGUAUUGGCCUGGGAGACCCACCAGCCUCGAGCCACCGCUCUGACCAUUUCCUGCUGCUCUCCUGAGGCCCCCUACGCUCCAGCCAAUCAGAACUUCUCCCUGCUGUCCAACGAGGCUGCCCUCUGUCUGGUCCCAGGACCUUCUGUCUGUGGUCUCAGCAUCCUUUCACAAGUGACUCCCCGUGCUUGCUGUCCCCAUUAGUUUGCCUGCUACCCUCCUCUACAUUCUCAGUGUUACCUUCUUUCUUUCCCCUGAUGGACCGUAGCCUCCUGACACGCCCAGAGUAGCACUAUAUAUUCGACAGGUCCGUCUACAUGGAUGCCUAGAAGUAGGUGUAGAAGUGUGGUCGGUUGAACGUUAACUGUAUCAUCACAUAGAGGAGACUAGGAUUGCGGGUGGUGACUUAGGGAAUUUUAUAGUCAGUGUUUGAAUUUUAAACAUGUUAACAUUUAAGCUGUUUGUAUUUAUUAUAGAAAAAUUGGGAACCAAGAAAGAGUCACAAGAAGAAAAAAAAAUCCAGUGUAAUCUUAUUCCCUCUUUUCAAAGGCAAUACAUUUUUGAUGUAUUGUCUAGUCUUUUUGUGUAUAUGUUUAAAAAUGGGAUCAUAUGCUACCAUUUUGUAUCCUGGUUUUUCUCUCGAUAUUAUAACUAACAUACUUUCUCCUAUUAUUAUAAACUCUUUAUACCAAAAUGAUGCUGAAUUACCCUCUUUUGUUAGAUGGUCGGAUCAUUGCCACAACUUUUCUGUUAUAAACAACACUCUGGACAUUUUUGUUCUAAAGCACCUUUCAUAUCUUCAGUUCUGUGCCAAGGAUAUAGUCCCCCAAACAAAUGACUGGGCCCAAGGGUAUGAGUAGUUUGAAACCUUUUGGUAUUUAUCGUCCAAUUGCUUUCCAAAAGGUUUUGAAAGAUCAGUUUAUUCUCUUGUCCUCCAAGAGACUGUUUGAGUAGAGGUUUUAUGAUGGGAGCAUGAUUAUGGGGCCCUUCAAUUGGAGACCAGUCGGCCAGUUCUGGGGCAGGACAGCUGGGGUUUGUGAGGGAGGGGUGGGGACCAAGAAUGGCUUGUAGGUGUCUGUUGGGACACCUUGGGGCGAUGCCCUGGCAGGAGGAGCCUGUGAGAAGCAGCGGGUUGUCUGGAACGGUGGCGGGUAUGGAGUUCUUCUCUUACAGCCCCGGCCUUCACGCCUGCCUCUCCUGUUCUCCCCGCCCCUGACCUCCCGCUGUGAAUUAGAGCAACCCUGCUGUAUCGAACUCACAGCACAAGCGUGCUAUUUCUGACUAAAAAAAAAACAAAACAACCCAAUAACUUCAUCUCUCUACUAGACUGCUCUAAACUACUUGAGCAGAUGGACUGUUCCUGUCAUUUCUGGGUCCCCAACACCAAGCACAAUCUUUGACAUUUUCUAAAUGCUCAUUAUACACAUUUCCAUUCUUUUCUUUGCCUCUCCCCUGGGGAGACAUUUUACAAGACAUAGAUAGCUCUGCCGCAGAAUCUGGAGAUUGUUUCAUAGAAAUCUUUCCUACCGCCUCCCUUAAAUUCAUUAAAUUUCUCUUAAUCA